UAUUCGCUUCUCACGGGUCCGCUCUCACGUCCACCCGCCUAUCCACCACCAGGUCUCGUUUUCUCCAUUGCCACUUGUUUUCAUCACGGCCAUUUAAAAGAGGGAUCCACGACUAAACCCCCAGCCCCAAACCUCCACCAUACAUACCUGCAUCUACUUUCCCUCCCCCCGCCCUCCCGCUUUGGUGUUCUCACCAUGGUCGAGGUGCGUAAUGGAGGCGACGCUCCAGCAUUCAAGGCCGUAAAUCAGACCGGUGCAGCACCGACACGGACUGGCAAUUCCGCUUCCUCCAAUUCAACCACCUCGACUGCUGGCCCGGAAGUGACUCCUCCCCGAAAGGCUGCCAGCAAGGCAUCUUCUACGCGGACCUCAACACCCGUCGACGGUGCAGGCGCCCGCGACUCCACACGGACGACUGACAGCACGCCGGGCCCUUCUGAGGCAGAAGGUCAAUCGCACUCUGCCGGCGCGCCCGCGUCGACCUCAUCAUCUAAUGCCACAGCAAAGGAGCCCAAGGAGCCGCCUGCUGCAGCACCCUAUGGAACGCGAUCGCGUAACCGCACGGGACGUGCAUCACGGGUCAAUUAUGCCGAAGACGUGGAAAUGGAUUUCGAAAUGGCCCAGCCAGCCUCGUCCAACGAAAACAAUUCGGGGCCGCCCUCGCGUGCAUCCGUGGCCACGGAAAACGGGCAGGCGGCAGGUGUGAGUGCAAAGAAAGGUUCCGGCGCUGGACAGCAGGGCAAUGCGCCGCCGUGGGGCAAUCCGGCCAACCACUCAAAAGACAGCAGCGUGCACCCCGUCCCAUCAGCAACCCCGACCUCGACUUCAACACCAGCCCCAGCCCCGGCACCUGCCCCCAAACGACGCAAAAAUGCUGCCGCCGCCCAUGCAACCACCAACGGCAAUCAUGCCAGCGCAAAUGCGGCCGCGCCAAGCCAGGCAGCCGGGAAGCGUGCCAACAGCGCUGCCGCUGCGGCAGCAGCAGCAGCAGCGGCAGCGUCCAGCGCGCGCGAAAACCCCAUGAUGACCUUUGAAAACACUGGCGCGAUCCUCCAGGGCGAUCACCUCGAGGCCGACGAUGGCCAGACUGUUUCCAUCAAUGACCAAGUGUACCUGGUGUGCGAGCCGCCCGGAGAGCCUUACUACCUGUGCCGGGUCAUGGAAUUUAUUCAUGUCCAAAACGACCCCAAGAAACGCGUCGAGUCUCUGAGGGUCAAUUGGUUUUACCGCCCGCGGGAUGCCCAGCGCCACACCACCGAUACGCGCUGCGUCUACGCGACCAUGCAUUCGGACCUUUGUCCAAUUACGUCACUCCGAGGAAAGUGCAAAGUCUUGCACCGGAGCGAGAUCGGCGACCUGGACGAGUAUCGCAAGAUGAAGGACAGCUUCUGGUUCUGCCAAGUGUGGGACCGAUUCAUCCAACGUGCCUACGAAGUCAUCCCCACCUCGCAAGUCAUCAAUGUUCCCGACAAGGUCAAGAAGGCCUUGGACCAGCGAUGGAAGUUCAUCUGUCUCGAGACCAGCCGACUCAAGGAGCUGACCAGCGCCGUCAAAACAUGUAAACGCUGUGUUGAGUUUUGUGCCUCCAACAAUUCCGUCGAGUGCGCCGUAUGUCACAAUACAUACCACAUGAACUGCGUGCGCCCGCCUUUGCAAAAGAAACCUUCUCGUGGCUUCGCCUGGGCUUGCGGUCCCUGUAGUAGAGCUCAGGAAAAACGUCUCGAAGCCCAAAGAACGCCUAUAGUGGGAGCAGAAAAGGAUGAAGUCGAGGAUGAGGAAAUCGUCGACGAAGAAGAAGAGGACCCGAACCCUGAAACGACAGCACCUACUCCCAACGAUGAUGGGCCAAUCGACAGUCAUGCCAGUUCACAACCUGAAUCAGAUCUCGCCAAGAUGUGGCCGAUGCGCUACUUGGGUAUUCACUGCCGCGUGGAAGACGCCUUACAGUACGAUGAUCGAGCAAUCUAUCCUCGUGCCAGUUCCCGGCUGGGACCGCGACAUCAAGCCAACGUAUAUGUUUGGCAUGGGCGCCCCGUUGAGCUCGUUAAGCCUGCCGAGAUCAAAAAGCGCUACGUCAAAUCUUCUGGCCACAAAAAGGAUACCAAACUGUCCAAAGAGACAGUAGCUGCCAUAGAAGCCGACAAGGUGGAAAGGGCUAAGCGACCCAAGUGGGUAAUGGACGAACCACCAGGGUAUGUCCGCCGAGGCGAAGAUCUACCCAACAAGGACAAGGAAUGCACUGCAGAGCUCAUGUUCAAGAUGCCCCCGCUCGGCGUGCACUCUACACGGGGAGAGGAUGACGGUCCCUCCAUCACCCCGGAGCAGGUCGAAGCAUAUAUGGCCCGAGCCAAAGCAUUUGCAAAAUCUCACGUGGGGGUAGAGCCUCACUGCACCAAUUUCCUGGACAGAUGCUUGGCGCUUCUUACUAAAUACCAAUAUGAUGUUGAGGCUGCUCUGAAACAGGUCAAGAAGAUUGAUAAGAGAAAGGACCUCAAGGAGCCGGAGUUGACAAAAGAAGAAGAGAAAAAAUGGAACGAGGGUGUUUCCAAGUAUGGCUCCGAGAUCCGUAGUGUUCGACUACACACCAGCAAGACUAUGCAUUAUGGAGAUGCUGUGCGCUAUUACUACAUGUGGAAAAAGACAUCCAAGGGCAAAGAAAUCUGGGGCUCGUAUACGAAUCGCAAAGGGAAGGCAAAGAAAGCGGAAGCCGACACUUCACAGACCCGUCUUCUCGAUGAUAUCGCCCACGACUACGAUGAUUCAGCCUUCGAUAACGAGAAGGCCUAUCACCGGAAGCGAACCUUCCAGUGCAAGUUCUGCAGUGCGCGCCAUUCAAGACAAUGGAGACGUGCGCCGGGUGCUGUUCCAGGGCAGACGUUUCCCCCAGAUGGUCGGGCAGGCAAAGAGAAAUCCACUGGCCAUGUGGUGGCGCUUUGCCAACGCUGCGCAAACCUGUGGCGCAAGUAUGCGGUCAAGUGGGAAAACACAGACGAGAUUGCGAAGAAAGUGGCUCAGGGCGGCGGGAAAGCUUGGAAGAGAAGGAUCGACGAGGAGCUUUUGCGCGAAGUCUAUGCCGCAGCUGCCGAUCCUACUCCAUCCAACUACGUACCGGAGUACGCAGAGUUGCCCCCCGCCGCUGCGCAGGCUACUCCCGAACCCCCCAAGAAAAAGCAAAAGACUACGGCCGCAGCAGCAGCAGCAGCAGCCGCCGCCGCCGCCUCGGACAGCGGAACCUCCACUCCGAUCUCAGAGCCUGUCUUGAAGAAGAAGGAAAAGGAGAAAGAAAAGGAGAAACCUCCACCACCCCCCAAAGCGCCAACACCGCCUCCCGUUCCUUCCCAACCGCGACUUCGAGCUUUACCCUGUGCUGUUUGUCGACAAACAGAGGGUGCUCGGUUGGAAUGCGCCGCCUGUAGGUUGACUGUGCAUAAGUUUUGCUACGGAGUCGAGGAAGUGCGACAAACUAACAAAUGGUUCUGCGAUACGUGUAAGAACGACAAGAAGGAGAGUGUAUCUUAUAACUAUGAAUGUGUACUAUGCCCUCAACGAGCUACAGAGCCAGACAUGUAUGAGCCGCCAAAGGUCUCUCACAAGAAGAAAACCGACCGGGAGCGAGAGAAAGAGCGUCUGGAGAAGGAUCUAGUGGAAAAAGCAAGGGAUGAAUACCGUCUUCAACAGCAGGAGAAGGGACGGCCAACAUUUCCCCGCGAUCCGCUCAAGCGUACAGCCGACAAUAACUGGGUUCAUGUUUACUGCGCGCUGUGGCAUCCCGAGUUGAAGUACAGCAACGCCAGUAGACUCGACAUGGCCGAAGGCAUUGGUGCGCCAACAUUGCGAUACGAAGUGGCCUGCAAACUCUGCAAAAGUACAUUUGGCGCGUGCGUUUCUUGUUUACAGUGUCACGCGAAUUUCCAUGUGGGUUGCGCACACAACGCCGGCUAUACUUUCGGCUUCGACAUGACGCCAGUCAAGGCAACACGGCGCGAUACUGUGCCUACAGUCACCUUGAAUGGUGAGACAGGCACGAUGAUGGCCGCAAUCUGGUGCAAGGAGCACUCCCCCAAGACGGCUUUCCAUCCGAUGAACGAAGCAGUGGAAGGGACAGACCUGGUCGUGCUGCAAUUGUUUGCCCGCGAGUUCAAGCAAGCAGAUCUCACCUUGACCGGUACGGCACGUAAAGCAAACCUCGUAGACCAGUCAACCCGUACCAUCGCACCUACAACUGCGUCAACCCAGCCCAAUCGUCGUACAUCUACAGUUACAGCACAAACUCCUAUCUCUGCUCGCGGAAGGCAUUCCAUUGCAGGCAUCGUAACGAAAGAAGAGGAACCAGCCGAUCCUGCACCGCUCAAGCCCCACAGGAAAUGCGCAAGAUGCCGUGUUGAUGCUAGCCCUCGGUGGUGGAAAGACGAAGAAACACCAAAAGCCCUGGAACGUGUACCCGAUGGACCAGCUGCUGUUAAUGGCGACACCGGUCAUCCAGCAUCCACAAACGGAACGGUGGACCAUCCCAUGCCAGAUGCCCCACAGGAGCAUUCCAACCGACUGAGGGUUGAUACGGAUAUUAGGCCUGCUAAGUCGGUGUCUUAUCUGUGUCAAAAGUGUCACUGGAGGAAGCUCAACGCACCGGAUGAGCCUGAUGAACGUGAAAGGUCAGCAUCCGCGCUGGCCGAGUCUCAACAACUCCCUCUCCGAUCACCGCAGAUACAACAGCCAUUCGUCGCUCCACCCCCGCCUCCUGCUGCUCUUGGCGGUCCUUGGGCUCCUUCUAACCAGCAGCCACCACCCCCAUCUGCUUGGCUGAAUGGCGGGCCUCUUGUGGCUCCAGGCCGCCCCCCACCUCAUCCCAAUGGCAUCGUUCAUGCGCCUCCUGGGCCGAUGGUACAUGCACCUCCGCCUUACCACGCGCCGUACCACCCGCCGCAUCAGCAAAAUGGCUACCCGCCCUAUUCGGGACCACCAGUACACGCUCAUUUGCCUCCUGCGCCCCUUCGUGGACCAUAUGCGCCUGCACCGAACGGUCACUCUCAGCCUAUACAUCUGGCCAACGGUGGAAUCAUAAUGAACGGAAUGCACUCGUCUCACGUGCCUUAUUCGCCUACUCACCCACACGCGCACAACUCGUCGCGAUCGACGGAGAGUCCUUUUACUGGACCACCUGCUCAGAUGGGAUAUCCGCCACCGAUGCACCAUGGCAGUCCUGCGCCUGGUCGGCCGUCGACACCCAGGGACGUGGCCAUGAGAGACGUCCCAGCUGUCACGUUGCCACCACCGACGGAGCGAGUGAGCACCGGGGCCAGCGCCAGCCCUUCGCUUCGAAAUCUUAUCCAUUAGUUUUUUAUGUCUUGCAUCACUGAAUGUCCAGUGCCCUGUGCCCAUUGAGAUGGGCUUUUCUUAUCGCUUGCUAGAACAGCAACGCAAACUGUUGAUGGAUGCGUGUGGCGGAGAAGGCAAAGCGAUGGAUUGUGGGGAGGGCAUUGCGCCACAUGUGGUGGCUGGGUUCAU